AUGGACCUCAAGGAGCGGAUCCGCCGCUCGCCGUCGCAGCGGGAGGAGGAGGCGCUCGUGGCGGCGGCGGCGUCGCCGCGCGGGAGGAAGGGCGGGGCGGCGAUGCUGCUGCUGCGGUGGUCCGUCUCGGCCGGCGCGCUCCUCGUCUUCGGCGUCCUCCUGCUCCUGCUCGCCGGGGGCUCCGCGGCGCGGAGGGGCCAGUUCCUCGGCGCCGAUUCUUCCUGGGACGGUGGCCGCCACGAUCUGCGCCUCGUCCGUCCGCCCGAAGAAGGUGGCACUUCAGGAUCUCCGGAAGUUGUCAAGGACAAACUACUCGGUGGUUUGUUAGUUCCUGGUUUUGAUGAACAGGCUUGCCUAAGUAGAUACCAAUCAGCACUGUAUCGUCGAACAUCACCCCACUUUCCAUCUACCUACCUCUUGGAAAGAUUAAGGGAACAUGAGGCUCUCCAGAAGAAGUGUGGUCCACAUACUGAAUUCUACAGGAAGGCUGUUGAGCAGCUUAAGUCUGGCCAGGAUAUUAAGGUUAUGGACUGCAACUAUUUGGUCUGGAUAGCUUACAGUGGUCUGGGGAACAGGAUCUUAACAAUUGCCUCAGCAUUUCUGUAUGCCAUCCUUACAAACAGAGUCUUGCUUGUUGAUGGAGAUAAAGGCAUGGCGGAUCUGUUCUGCGAACCAUUUCCUGAAACUUCAUGGUUCCUACCGUCAGAUUUCCCUGCUCAGCAGUUCAAGAACUUCAGUGCUGGCUCUCCUGAGAGUUAUGGAAACAUGCUGAAAAGUAAAGUUCUUCAGUCUAGCCCUGCUUUUCUGUAUCUUCAUUUAGCUCAUGACUACAACGACUUUGAUAAGCUUUUUUUCUGUGAAGAUAACCAGCAAUAUCUUCAAACAAUCCCAUGGUUGAUCCUAAAAUCAGAUAAUUACUUUGUACCUUCACUUUUCCUGAUACCAGCAUACCAAGAAGAACUUAUGAAGCUUUUUCCCCAGAGAGACACUGUUUUCCAUCACUUGGGACGUUACUUGUUUCACCCUAGCAAUGUCGUCUGGGGCAUGGUUACAAGAUACUAUGAUUCUUAUCUUGCAACAGCUGAUGAAAAGUUGGGUAUCCAAAUCAGAGUCUUCGAUACUGAAACUGGUCCAUUUCAGCAUGUCUUGGAUCAGGUCCUUGCGUGCACGCUGAAGGAACACUUGUUGCCAGAGGUUAAUACUCAAGAGCCAGUUGUCCCAUCACGGAAGGCCAGGUCGAAAGCUGUUCUAGUUACUUCUUUGAACUCAGGAUACUACGAAAAAUUCAGAAACAUGUGUUGGGAACAUCCUACCACAAAUGGCGAGACAAUUAGUUUCCACCAGCCUAGUCACGAGGAACAUCAGAACUCAGACAAGAAAAUGCAUAACAUGAAAGCGUGGGCAGAGAUAUAUCUUUUAAGCCUAUCUGAUGUUAUGGUUACUAGAGAUAUAUCUUUUAAGCCUAUCUGA